ACAGAUGACUGUCAUGAUAUAAUUUGAUGAAUAUGAAAAUUAAAAAAUCUUAGCUAUUUAAUUAGAUUAAGUUACACUCCUACGUAGUUUAUAGAGCUUUUCCUAGAUUUUGUUUAGAUAAAUCGAAUUACGGUUAACUAUUUUUUAUUUUCUUAUACCAUCACGACGCACGCGCAGUAGUUACUUCACCUAAAAUCUCCCAGCGCCAUAUUGAGAGAGGCGGACGUUGUAUGACUCGAGUGAAUAAAAUCGUGAUUAGUGCAAUAAUUUGAAGUGAAAGAUUUGAUCGUGCCCUAUGGAUAUAUACUCGGGAGUGGUGCGCCUCGGUUGCUAGGCCUGCCGAAGGACAGGGAUCCGCGCGCGAGGACGGUUGCGGCCCUCCGCCCUGAAACAUGGAGUGCUGCAUGUCGGAAGAGGCAAAAGAACAAAAGAGAAUUAAUCAAGAAAUUGAGCGGCAACUCCGGAAGGACAAACGCGAUGCUAGACGAGAACUCAAACUACUUUUGCUUGGCACUGGUGAGUCGGGCAAGUCAACGUUUAUCAAGCAGAUGAGGAUCAUUCACGGCUCGGGUUACAGCGACGAGGACAAGCGAGGGUUCAUCAAACUGGUGUACCAGAACAUCUUCAUGGCCAUGCAGAGUAUGAUACGGGCCAUGGAUCUACUCAAAAUACAAUACGGGAAUCCGUCCAAUGCGGAAAAGGCGGACUUGAUAUCGUCCAUCGACUAUGAAAGCGUCACAACCUUCGAGAGCCCAUACGUCGAGGCUAUCAAGGCUUUGUGGUCCGACUCCGGCAUACAGGAGUGUUACGACCGCCGGAGGGAAUACCAACUAACUGACUCCGCUAAGUAUUAUCUAAGCGAUCUAGCGAGAAUCGAAAGUUCGGAUUAUCUUCCUACCGAGCAAGAUAUCCUCCGAGCCAGACAGCCAACCACCGGCAUACUAGAGUACCCUUUCGAUCUAGACGGGAUCAUAUUUAGGAUGGUGGACGUCGGCGGCCAGAGAUCUGAAAGAAGGAAGUGGAUUCAUUGUUUCGAGAACGUUACAUCAAUCAUAUUCUUAGUAGCUCUUAGUGAAUAUGAUCAAAUUUUAUUCGAAUCAGAAAACGAGAAUCGAAUGGAAGAAUCUAAGGCGUUGUUCAAGACUAUUAUAACGUAUCCAUGGUUCCAACAUUCAUCUGUCAUCCUCUUCCUCAACAAAAAGGAUCUUCUAGAAGAGAAGAUCAUGUACUCUCACCUCGUAGACUACUUCCCAGAGUAUGAAGGACCGAAAUGCGAUCCGAUACCAGCCAGGGAAUACAUCCUACAGAAAUAUCUGAAAGAGAACCCUGAUCCUGACAGACAGUGUUACUCACAUUUCACCACAGCGACAGACACUGAGAACAUUAAGCUUGUGUUCUGUGCCGUCAAGGACACCAUUAUGCAAACAGCGCUCAAGGAGUUCAAUCUGGCGUGAUCGUGCCUGCUUUUAUAUAUGUUGUAUUCAAAUAAAUAUUCCGUUCUAUUUUCUUUUGAUGUGUUUUAUUUUAUUCAUCGUUCUAUCUUGGUUCUCUAUCGCAUGGCAUGUUUUUUUUAUGUUCCUUGUGACAAGCAAUGUCACAUCCGCAUGUGUUUACUAAUAUGUGUUCGUGGCUUUGUCAUAUAUUAAUUAUUAUUAUAAAACACGUGAAACACGAAAACGGAAAUAAUAUCCGGUGACACUUCAAAUCAAUCUCGAUAUUAAAUAUUGUAUGAAAUGCAGUAAUUUUGAUCUCCCCGUCCGAGUUCUGUCAUUGUGACGUGUGUACGAUCGUUCGCAGACACCGAGAACAUUAGAUUCGUGUUCGCGGCGGUGAAGGACACGAUCCUGCAGUCCAACCUCAAGGAGUACAACCUGGUGUAGAGUGUACGAGUGUACAAGUGUACCGUACGAGUGUACAAGUGUACCGGUGUACAAGUGUACGAGUGUACAAGUGUACGGACUCUGUACUUAGAUGUAAGUCAUUUAAUCACUAUAGCACCAGGACGACCUCGCCUCAAGCGUCAGGUUUUUUUUGACAUGUUUUUUAUGAUGGAAGUUAAUCACGACUUAUGUAUGUGUCUGUAACGGUAAUGCAUUUUUAUCGGUGAGUCUCGGCCUUACCGUGCUUUUAGUCAUUGUUUUAGUUUUUUUUUGUUCGUAAUGUAAAGUUUGUUGCCAUUGUAUCUUUCUAUAAUACAUUAUUGUGUAUGGAUUUGAAAAAAAAAACUAGUCCAAUGAUGUCGAUGGUAAUCCUAGUUACGGGAUAUUCGAGCGAGUUAGAUAUUUAUUAUAAUUAUGUGGGCGGUGUCGGUCGGGCCGGGCCGGGCCGGGUCGGGCCGGCUCGGGCCCGGGCCGCGUCCGUCGACACGCCACAGUUUCGCUUACUUGGAAGAUUAUAUUCGUUAAUAUAGUUUGAUUGUAUUUUAUUUUGGAUUUAAAUAAAAUAUUGCGUUACAUUUGUACAUUAUAAUUUUGUUACGUGUUAUUAUUUAACUUGUUUAUAAUAUUUGUAAUACGGGAGUGGAACUGUUGUGUUGUUCGUGCCAGGCGUCGUAGUUCCAUAACACAGAAGGUCACCAGCGACAGAUGUUCUCACUUCAAUAGACUUACGUCUGAUAGAUGGUUACUAUGUUAGUUGUUUAAGGAUAUUUUUGAAGCAUUUGUAUAACUUUUUUUACUAGACCCGUGAACAAUGAAAGGUAUGAUUGUAUUAUAGAAGCGGUGCGGAGUGCGGACGCUUUAUGAUAUAACACUUAUGUAAUAUAUUGUACAUUUUGGUCUAAAUGUGCUGUGUGUGAGACCCGACAGUGACGCACAGUUUUGCUAUUGGCACAACACCGUAACGGAACAGCACAUCUUUGAUUACAUUACGAUCGUUGUACGUGUUUCAUUAUUUUUAUAUGCCCAUAUAUAUAUCAUUUGAUCGCUUACGUGUGUGUUGCUCUGUGUUACGUUCUAGUUUGUAUUUAUAGUUUGAAACAAAGUUUCUGAGGUAUAACUUAUUGUAUUAACUUAUUUUCGUUGUUGUAAUCUUGAUUUAUUUAUACAUUUAAGCUUCCAAUCUGACUCUGUCAAUAGCAAAACUUCUUAUCUAUGUACGAUACAACUGUCUGUAGUGCUCAAAUUUCUAUAUAUAUAUAUAUUUAUUUAUUUAUUUAUAUAUGUGAAAUUGGAACAAAUCGCACAAACUUGAACUACUAUGUACUCUUAUUGAUGUUAUCCGAGCAGUAUAUGUUUUCUGUUUGUACAUACUAUGUUUCUUUCGAUGCAAUUGUACAGCGAUAUAUAUAUAUAUAUAUAAUAUAUAUAUUACUUAUGAAUUGACCCGGCGCUUCCCCGGUACCACUCGCGAAUCCUUGCAGCUUCCACGAGCAGUGUGGAUACAUCCGGAUAUGUUAACCAUAAACGAUACACAUGACGUAAGGACGGCUAGCGUUCCGUACGCUCAGCGACACAACGCGACUCAUUAUAUGCGAGAUAUAUCAGAUGUGUUUCCAAGACAAUAUACAGAUUACGAAGCAUUUAGUUAAUUUUAAAGUGACUUUAAGUGUUCAUAGAGGUACCUGCGGUUGGUUGCGGUGAGGCCAGUAUAAAUCAAUGUUAGGUGAAUCAUUUUAGAUUAUAUGAGUAUUUUUUACACCGGUGUCGUGUAGGCCUUCAGUCAUUUCCUCGCUCGGAUCGUGUAUGUUCGUUUGAAGGAUGUAUCUCAUCGCCGUGGGCUGGUAGCGCCCGUCUACAAUACUUGGACUGAAUCGCGAACUGACGUAAUUCUUACUUGUUUGUUUGUUUUUUUUUUAUAUUAUCAUCAUUUGAACUAUCGGGAAAUGACUUCUAUGAUUGCUAUGUUAUAGUGUUAACGUUGCUUUACCUUUUGCGUGAGAUUGUGAGAAUUUUUAGCUUAAGUUUCGACUGAAGAUGGAUGCCUGUAUGUAAUAUUGUAAAUUAUAAUUUCUCAUAAAAUAUAAUUUUUUUCAGCUAAA